GUUACCUUGUUCUGAAUCAAACGUCAAACUUGUUACAUAUUUUAACUGAAAUCCAGGAUAGCGUUGAAUGUUAAUUAAUUAUUCUUACCUGUCAAAUACAGUAGAAGUGCCAAAAUGGCGCAGCGAAAGGUUUAUUCCGGUAACGAGGAAUCAUUUCAAGUAUUUCUGUUUAUAUCUGUAAUUUUGAUGGUGAGUGUUCUGAUGCGUUGGUUAGUUAGAAGAUUCAACGUGUUCCCGCAAGGUGUAUUAACGAUUUUAUUGGGUAUUGCAAUGGGAUUACUUUACAUGGUUGGCGGAGAUCAAUUGGAGAUAAGUAGUAGAAACAUGAUGGGCAAAAUAGCGACGAAAUACGUGAUUGACGGCUACGUGCCAAUAUUUAUUGUGUCCACCAUGUACCGUAUAAACUAUCCCAACUUUCUGAAGUAUUUACCGCAAGUAAUGUUAAUAACAUUCUUCGGGGGCGUCAUCAGCCCAUUGCUAUUGGGCUUUAUUUUGUCACGUACAAUGAACAAUGAUUUAACUUUCACGUGUGGAGUGAUGCGUGCCAUAGCUGUCGUUCCAAUUGAACCAUUAUAUGCCGUGGGGAUUUUAAAACGUCUUGCCAGAUUCAAGUAUUUGGAAACUAUUUUGGAAGCUGAAUCUGUCAUACUGAUGAUACCAGUAUAUUUAAUGUUAGAUAUGUUCCACGGCAUUCAAAUUGGCAAUCUUACCGAGUGGUAUCAUGUAAUGAAUCUUACCUUACGUCAUGCUAUAUUUGGUUUCGCAAUCGGUUAUCUUGCUGGAAAACUGCAUGUACUUUGUAUGGUGUAUAUCGACUCUGAAACGUAUUAUACUUUCGGAGUGUCCAUCUUUAUGACAUAUGGCAUUUAUGUUUUAACCGAAUUUCUUGCAUUCGGCAAUGCGCAGUUGGCUUUGCUUUGUAACAUUUGCCAAGUUUUGAGUAAACGACAUAAGUUAUCACCACAAGUCGAUGCGAAUGUGGUGGAAAUGUGGGCGACCAUUCAAUAUUUAAGCGAAACGGUCUGGCUGACAUUUGUCACCAUUCAAUUUACUUUAUAUCUGGCUUAUAACUUUUACAUCAGCAUGGCGUAUGGAGCAAUAUUGAUUUAUAUCACAACAUUGUUUCUUCGAUUAGUUGGACUAGUUUUACUGAGUCCUUUGCUUUGGAAAAUGUCGAAUGAAAUCAACUUGAAGGCUAUUUUAGUCCUGACAUGGAGCGGUAUCAGAGGACCAAUGGCUUUGAACUUUUCCCAAAUGUUUUUUAACUGCAAAGUCAUCACCAAAACCGAUUCAUUUCUAUUUGAGGUUUUUGUAACUGUCCUUAUUGGCUUGUUGCUGAAUUCAAGCAGUAUGAAGCAGUUGUUACGAAUGAUUGGAUAUUCAAGACUGUCAACAUCGCAAAGAACAAAUAUGAAUCUUUAUGUGGAUAUGUUAAACAAGAAAGCGCAAUACAUAAUCUACAACUUGAAAUUUAGAAGAUACUUUGUGGGAACUUAUUGGGUUUUAGUGCGAGACUUUGUGAAAUUGAAUUAUUCUUCUGACGAAGCAGAUGAUAACUAUAAAAGUCACAUCUUUGAAGGGAAGGCAUGCGAUCAUUGUGAGAUGGAUGUUCCAUACAAUAUUACUGAAUCAGAAUUAUCCGCGUUGCUUUUAGAAAAUGAAACAAAGAUAACAAAAUUGAAGAAAAUAUUUCUGAUUAAUCAAUACCUUCGGGGUAGUAUCGACAAGCGAUGUCUUGAAUUAAUCACCAAGAAAUUGGAAAGAAAGCUAGACUUUUCAAGGCAUCGUCAAACCUGCAUUGAAUUAAGUGUUUAUUUUAAACCGGGGAAAGUUUUGAAAUGUUGUCACAUAAUUCUUAAGAAAUUGUCUGCUACACCAAAGAUAAUACCGCCACCGAGAACGUGUCCAAUGCGACAGUUAGUUUAUUACUUUACAAUGCAUAUUGCGUAUGACUAUGUCAUGUAUGCCAUAACGCUAGCCAAUUCUAUAUUUAUUUUAUGGAAUGUUCGAUAUUGCUGUAAUUGGAUGUUUGAUUAUCAUGUGGCUUUAUGGUGCUUUUAUAUUGGAGAUUUUGUAUUGAAAAUCUAUGGCUUGUCGCACAAACGACUCAUUACAUCUGCGUGUGAGCCAUACUUCAGUAAGAAAAGCAACUGGAUAGACGCAUUCUGCUUGUGGGUAACGCCAAUCAGUUUAUUCUUUGUGGGUAAUAAUGCUUUAUUUGGCUGGACCGUGUUUUAUAUUGUUCCGUCAGUGAGAUUAAUUGCGGCGUUACGUUUAUUGACGUUUUUUUCGUUGCUGUAUCCGAUAUGUCCCAUACUUUUAAAGUAUAUCGAAUACAAGAGUAAUUUGCGCACUUGUUUUGGAUAUGAGCUUGGAUUUGCUUUAACACAAUGCGAUAAUGAUGUGCUUGCCGUUUUACAAGAGAUUCUGGAGUUAAAAACGAUUCGGAACGUUUUCCGUAAAGAAAUGAUUGGGAAUAAAGAAGCACUGGAACGGCAAAUGCUGCAAAUGCAACGAGAAAAGCCGUACAUUGCUCUUACUGUGAAGACAAAGCAAGCGAUUCAAAUAACGUUAAAUGCGUUGAAACGACGCUUGCAGGAACUGCAGCAGUUUAGUAUAUUUGAAUUACGAGAAUGUAAUUAUAUUGCGGGACUACUAGCACAACAGCAAAAGAACAUCAAAGCCAUAACGAUUGUGCAAACAUAUUCAACGCACGAAAUAUUAAAGAGUAUCCCCUGGAUUGGCACAAAUGGGCUGUAUGAAUAUUUUUUUCCAAAUGUAAAAAUGAUUUCAUGGAAUGCUGGCGAUUUAGUUCAGUCAAAAGGCAAAGUAUCUCAGGGAAUUUAUGUAAUUGUGACUGGCAUGCUGCGUUUGCAUUUAAUGUCUAAUAUGCAAGAACUAUCCAAUGAUGGAUCUCUUCCGAUUAUUGAUAAUCUUUCAUCGGUCGAUUACAGCAAAGCAGAAGAACUUCUACUUUCCGGGGACAUUGUGGGCGAGUUGAGUUUUAUUACGGGACGCCCUUAUGACUGCAAUAUUGUGGCUGAAUCUUUCUGUCAAGCAUAUUGGUUUACACCUGAACUUUUACAAAAAGGAUAUGAAACUUAUAACAAUCCUGUAAUUGGUCUGGAAUGUCAAAUUUGGAGAAAUUGUUGUUUGAAAAUAACGAUUGCAAUAUUGAUGAAAAUUCCUGUUUAUGAAACUCGCACGCAAGCUGAGAUUAAACAGAAUUUAGAUCAUUGCUUUAUGCCUAAUCUACGUUGUUACAAAACCUUUGUUUUAACUGACAAAAUUAGUGAUGUGUUGUUGAUUGAAGGACGGGUGAAAAGUGCACUAACGGGGGAGAUUUUUAAAGCGCCUAUGCUAAUUCCACAUGCUGUGCAACGAAUCCUGCUCACACUUACCAGCGACGAGUCGCUUUUUUCACAAAUCUCACUACAGAAAAUGGUACGCACUAAAUUAAUGAUAGUGCCAAUUGAUGGCGUCACUCCAAUUGAAGUAAUGAGGGAGGAGGAAGAAUUAGCUGAAUUCAUUGUAGGGACAUCCAGUCAAUAUUUAUUAACGCAUAAAAGUUUAAAGAAAAGCCGGGUCACCAGCUUUACCAACGUUCCAGUUGAAAACGUUGAUUCACUUUCCAUGAAAAGCUAUGAAUGGCGAGCCGAUAAAGAAGUAACUCCUUUGGAUCCCGUUCCGGAUGUGUUUUUAAAACUGAAUUCGAGUUUUUAUGAUGAAUCUCGCGAAAUGUUGCUUAUGCAGAGAAGUCGUCGGGUCCGAAUGCAGUCUAGCUCGAAUUUAUCACGACUUUUAGACACCCCAAAACAAAUUGACGAUCUUAGUGACGAAGAUUGAGAUGUUACAGUUUCACUGACCAUGGAUAAUUGCCAUGAGCUUGCUAUGCUCUGCUUAUUUCAUAACAUUACAUUACAUUACAAAUAGAACAUUCCAGAGGAAUUUUUUGAAAUAAAAUGCGUAUCAUGUAUUAUUUGCAAAAACAUGAUAUGCUGCAUUUCUCACAUCAUCAGAUAUAA